UAUCAACGGAUACAGCUGCUCGCACAUAUCGUGUAAUAAGCUUUCAUCCCAGCCGAUCGGAACGAGCCCGCUCUGAAAUUCUUGCAAGUGCGCGCUCUGGCAGGCCAGACUGUGUCGCUAAUACAUCGCACUGUAAGUUAUAGCUGCGCGCAUUCUGCGCGAGUUGUGGGUAAGUUCGGUCGGACAUGCGACGGUUGACUUCCCCGGUCGCGCGACUGACGCCUCGGUGCCCCUGUGCGCAGGUGCCCUGUCACAACUCUCAAACGGCCUGGUGGUUGAACUCCUCUCUGCUUUCACUGGUACGCUACUGCUAACUGGGGGGGCGGCACUCGCGGCAAUGCAGAAGUACCCUUCGUUCCAGCCUCACGACUUCGACUUUGUCGUUCUGGCCCCUACCGUGGCCGCCGGCAUUGACAUCCUUGAGAGCGCCAUCUAUUGGGUGUGUGGCCGGCCCAAUGUAACGUUGGAGCACAUCAUCACAACUGGGCGUGCCGUCACCCUCAGCAUCGUGGUGACCUCCUGCAACAGCGCACCCAAGCUUGUCGCGCUACAGUUCCUGUUGCGCAUUGCACCAUAUCCCACUGCGGUGUUCUCUGGAUUCGACCUAUCAAUUGUCAUGAUAGCAGUUGGCAUGAGCGCCGGCGCCCCAAUAGUGUAUGCGCAUCCUAUGUGGCUCGCUUCCAUGGUGCUGCAUACAGCGUUCCUCUUGCCCAGCAGGACAACGUCGUAUCGCCUGAUGAAGUACCGGCAGCGUGGCUUUGACAUGUUCUUCCCGCCGUGCCUGCCAGCGACAGAGUUCUUCCUGUAUGGGGAGCGCAACUAUGGCACACCAUUUGUGGUUCAGUCAGCCGAUCUGCAGUCGUGGCAGCAAGCCUUUCCUCAUGCCUGCUUUACUAUCUUGGUGUCACACGCAUCAAGCAUGCCACUAACUGAUUACGGAAAGGUAUGCGACUGGUCUCGGGUUGACGCAUUUCACAUCUACUCUGCGCUGCAGCACGCCUUGGAUCAGGGUGAUGGCAAUGAACUCCUGUCCUCCUACAUUCCCAGCUCGCCGCAACAGUGGUCAACUGCCGCCGUUCCCAUGGAUGACCCGGCACCCGCAAGCGACUCUGACAGCGAGUCGGACCAGUCUGUGGUGUAACUUGUAACGUUGCCAGUGA